GAUAUCCCCUCCCAACUGUAUUGUCUAGACUUGCGUGCCCCAAUCUCUCUCUGGAUUCAUCCUCAGUUCUUUUAUCCUUACCACCAUUUUGUUUUACUUCCAGAUUUGUAAUUCUCUCGUAGCUGAAUCGCCAUGACUGUUCUAUCCUCGGAUAAUCAAGAUGAGCACUACAAGGAUGUGAAGAGCUCUUACUUCAAUUUACCAGCAUUAGAUGUAUCAGAAGCCUUCCCCCAAGCUACUCCAGCUUCCGUCUUUCCUCCUUGCACUUCAGACUAUUAUCAGCUUGAUGACUUAUUGACUCCUGAGGAGCAGGGCUUAAGGAUGAAAGUAAGAGAGUGUAUGGAAAAAGAAAUAGCUCCAAUAAUGGCAAAGUACUGGGAGAAGGCAGAAUUUCCAUUUCAUGUUGUUCCAAAACUUGGUGCCCUGGGUAUUGCUGGUGGCACAAUUAAGGGCUACGGAUGUCCAGGUGUAUCAAUAACUGCAAAUGCCAUCUGUGCAGCAGAGAUUGCCAGAGUUGAUGCAAGCUGCUCUACAUUUAUUUUGGUGCAUUCUUCUUUGGGAAUGCUUACUAUUUCAAUUGGAGGUUCUGAAGCACAGAAACAGAAAUAUUUACCUUCAUUGGCACAACUAAAAACUAUAGCUUGUUGGGGUUUGACUGAACCUGACUAUGGAAGUGAUGCAAGUUCUCUGAAAACAACAGCAGCAAAGGUUGAUGGAGGUUGGAUCCUUGAAGGCCAAAAGCGCUGGAUAGGCAACAGCACUUUUGCAGAUGUGCUGGUUAUAUUUGCUAGGAACACAACAACAAAUCAGAUAAACGCAUUUCUAGUAAUGAAGGAUGCCCCUGGACUACAAGCUACUAAAAUUGAAAAUAAGAUUGGCCUACGUAUUGUCCAAAAUGGAGAUAUUGUCUUGAAAAGAGUUUUUGUCGCCGAUGAGGACAGAUUGCCCGGUAUCAAUUCUUUUCAGGAUACGAAUAAGGUCCUUGCUGCUUCACGUCUCAUGGUUGCCUGGCAGCCUAUUGGCAUUUCAAUGGGUGUCUAUGAUAUGUGUCACAGGUACUUGAAAGAGAGGAAACAGUUUGGUGCACCAUUGGCAGCUUUCCAACUUACCCAACAAAAACUAGUUCGCAUGUUGGGGAAUAUUCAGGCUAUGAUUCUUGUUGGUUGGCGCCUUUGUAAGUUGUAUGACAGUGGGAAAAUGACUCCUGGUCGUGUAAGCUUAGGAAAGGCAUGGAUUACCUCAAAAGCAAGGGAGACUACAUCUCUUGGGCGGGAGUUACUUGGUGGCAAUGGAAUCUUGACCGACUUUCUAGUUGCAAAGGUAGCCCUGGACAGCUCAAUGGAAAAAUAGGAUUCAUGUAGCCAACCCCAAUUGAUUGGGACACAAGGAUCAGUUUGGUUUGGUUUGGUUUGGCAAUAAACUAUGAAACCAUUCUAAAUGGAGGAGCUGCAUUGGACAUUUGAUAACACCAGAGUGUUCUAGACUUCAGUUUUUGUUUCAUUAUAGUCGAAAGGAACCAAUCUAGCUGCACCCUCCCUGUUCAUUUCUAGAAAUGUAAGGAACUGAAUGACUACCCCCUUCCUGUUUAGCUUGAAGAUUAGGUUAGAACUUUUGCAAGUAUUUUAAGCAGUUGCGAUAGGACUAUAGGAGCAGCAGCAUUGAGCUGGAACUGGCACUGUUCUCUGCUGCUCAAUCAGUCCUGAAUCCUGAUUGUGACUGAUAUUCCUUUGAUUGUAGCAGGUCUUGAACGACCCAAAAUCUGAACUACAACCUCCAUUAUCAAAUAGUUGUAGUCUGUUGUUAUGUUAGGACUGAACACAUAGUAAAUGUUUUCGACUUUUCAUGCUGUACUCACAUCCACUUUGUUAGAUCACUAUU